AUGUUUUGGUCCAAAGAACAAGACUUCAACCCCAAAAACAUGCCCUCCCUCGAAGAAAAAGUCAUCCUCGUUACAGGCGCCACCGCCGGUCUAGGCAAAGAAUCCGUCCUCCAAUUCGCCCACCACGAUCCCUCGCGUAUCUACCUCUGCGGCCGUAACCUACAAAAAGCGCAACUAGCAGCUCAAGAUAUCCAACAUGCCGUCCCAUCUGCUUCAAUAAGAGUCCUCCCUCUCGAUCUUUGCUCAUUCGCUUCUGUAAAAGAAGCAGCGCGGAUCGUGCUCUCGGAAUCUGAAAGGCUUGAUAUCUUGAUGCUCAACGCAGGCACUAUGUUUGUCCCUCUUGAUCGUACUGCAGAUGGUUAUGAGAUUCAGUUUGGGACGAACCAUAUGGGUCAUGCACUGCUCACGAAAUUGCUCAUUCCGCUCCUCGAUAAAACAACCCGUAUACCCGGUUCAGACGUAAGAGUUGUGUCUCUUGCAUCCCAUGGACACGUCUAUCUAAACAAAGGCGGCAUCAACUAUGACACCCUCAAGACCGACGGCGAGUCAAUUGGUCUUUAUCAGUGCUACUACCAAAGCAAGCUUGCCAACAUCCUUUGGGCACGGCAGCUAGCCAAAAAGUAUCCGCGCCUCACGGUAUCUGCAAUUGAUCCUGGUCUCGUGAACACAGAGUUGUUGGUGAAGGCGACGGGGAUGGUUUGGUACUUAUAUGCAGUAGUGAGGUGCAUGUUGAUCACGCCUGUUUCAAAGGGUGCCAGGAAUCAGCUUUGGGCAUCGGUUGGGAACGGUGUUGUCAGUGGGGAGUACUACGAGCCUGUUGGGAAGCAUGGCUUGGCGACGGAAGAGGGGAGAGAUGAUGAGUUGGCAGAGAAGCUCUGGGAAUGGACUGAGAGGGAGCUGGCUACGGUUCUGGAGUAA